ACAGCCUGGGCUUAGUCGCGGCAGGACCAUGUGGUGUCCUCGCGGCGCUGCCAGUGGUGCCGCGGAGCUCGUGUAGUGAGUAUGUGUAUUUAUUUAGCUUCCCCUUGUGCCAAUCCCUCUUCACCACUCGCCCGACGCGUCACCUGCAGGAUAAUACUCAACGCUCAAGGGACACGUGGAAGUAAAGAGUGACAGUGCUUAGUUCACAGUUCGGAAACUUUGAACACUAAAGAAAUUUCAGGUUGAUUACGUUAUUAGAGUUGAUUGCAUACCUGAUGGUAACGACAGGUGUAAUUAGCAGGUGCAACGUUAUGAAUUUGUAGUAAAAACAGUGUUACAGGACCCGACAAGGGAAGUAGGGAACAUAUAUUCAUUAAAACGUUGAAAAUCUAUACUAAAAAGGAGUGAAAGAAAAAAAAAGAGAAAAUUUGAUAGUGAGGAAUGAAGCGGCGGUGUUGUGGGAUAGCGGAGAUGAGUAACACGUGAAAUACCAUGUAAGAUGUGCCUUCAUGAGGAUACUGGGCGAGACUGCAAUGGUGCUGGCUGGCCGGCCCGUCAUGGUGCUGAUGGUGGUGGUGGUGAUGAUGAUGGUGGUGGUGGUGGUGGUGGUGGAAGGACACAUACCAGUCACCGAGGAAGAGGAGGAGCGCAUUGAGCCGACUCCAGUGGUGGUGCUGGCGGGCGGUGAGCAGACCAGCCACAUCCUCUGGCCUCUGGAGGGGGUCGGAGGGCAGCGGCGGUGGAUACAGUAGCGGUGGCGGGGACAGAUUUGGGAGGUUCAAGCGAGAAUACAGCUUAGAGGAUUUUUUGAUUUGGCUGCCUUCAGGGGAUGGACCAACUGAGGAGCGACAGCACCGCGCCAGGGACACCUCUUGGAUGGACCGAGCGCAGGUCAUCACCACCACUGUUUUCGUCACUACCACGCUCUUCACCACCGUGCCCCAGCUGCCUGCCGCCGCCACCACCAAGCCACCAACCCUCUCCACCGCCGCCAUCACCUCCGAUGACCCGCCACGACCAGCCUCGGGAACCAAACGAGGUACCAAGGGAUUCACUCAACUCAGCAACACCGCGUCUAGUCAUCUUUGGAAUACGACUAAUUACUACGACCUCGUGGACUCCAUACAAAAUGACCAGGCGACCUCAGGGGGUAGACGAACCCAGACACACCACGUAACAGUGACCAGAACGACCACUACCUCACCACCGUCACUGCUGGCCUCCCUCCCUGCCACACAGCCCCCCUGCUUCACCACCACGACCACAACCACCAUUCUCACCACCACCAAAGUCGCCCCGCCACCCCAGCUCUCCAUAACAACCACGAGUAGUAGUUCAUACGACCUGACGGACUUAGUGAGGUCGUCCAUUGAGUAUCCAGGACCUUCUGCUACCUUUACAAGUCACACGCCUACGCCAUGUCUUGCCAAGACCAGCACGACCCCGCCAGCCCUUACCACGACCCUCACGCACGCCCCUUCCUCCCCUAGUGAAGUGUACGUGACAGCCCUUGGGUUUCCUGACGGAGAGACCCUCACCACCCCACAGUUGCCAGAUAAAGAGGAUGACAAGCUCCCCCUCACCACGCCUGUUAUCCCUCUCCCCCAAGCCUGCCUCCCUUGCUCCAAAAACUCUACUGAGACUACGACUGAGACUACUACUGAGACUACUACUGAGACUACUACUGAGACUACCACUGAGACUACCACUGAUCACCCAGACACCACUACUACUACCAGCAUCACCACCACGGAUAGCAACACCAAUCCUGAUGUUAAUGAUGGGGAGACUUCAGACACCACCACCACUGUCACUAAUUUGACAACAACUGAUGCUACUACUACCACUAAUGAUUCCACGUCCCUCACCGCCACAGACACCAAUGAAAGCACUACUACCACCGACACUACUACUACUACUAUUACUACUGGUGCUGACAGUGACACGACUACUACUACUACUACUGAUACCACUACUACUACUACUGAUACUACUACUACUACUGAUAUUACUACUACUACCACUACUACUGACUCUACCACUACUACUGACGCUGAUACUACACCUACUACUGAGAUUACUACUACUACUACUACUACUACUACUGAUACUACAACUACCACUGAUACUACAACUACUACUGAUACUACUACUACUGCAGCUACCACUGAUACUACAACUACUACUGAUACUACAACUACUACAGACACUACUUCUACUACUGAAACUACAACUGCCACAACUGACCAUCUAAGGGCUGUCAUCACCACCACAGACAUCACCACUACUCCUGACACUACCACUGAUACUUCAACCACCACUGACAUCACCACUACUACUGAUACUGCUACUACUGCUGAGGGUUCUACUUUCUUAACACUCCCUGACAAUGCCACUUCGCUAUCUACUACUGAUACUACAAUUACUACUACUGAUACUACUACUACUACUGAUACUCCUACUACUACUACUGAUAGUGUCACUACAAACACUACUACUGCAGACAUCACCACUACCACUGAUGUAACUACGACUUCUACCACGCAAGACACUACACCUGACACCACCACUACGCUUACUACCACUGCAACACCAGACACCACCUAUGAGACUACAACUGCUACUGAGACUCCUACUACUACUGACACUGCUGCUACUACUACCAUCACCACUGCUAUAUCUGACACCACUACUGACACCACCACUACCACUGACACCACCACUAUAACUGACACCACCACUACUACUGAAGUCACCACCACUGUUACUAACGCUACGACCACGGAUACAACCGCCACCACCACUGACACCACCACCACUACUACUGACGCGACCACCACGACCACUGACACCACUACCACCACUGCCGCCACCACCACCGAGGGCUGUGUGGAUGGUGAGGAGGUGGAUGGUGACCACUCCACUUCGAACUCCACGCGACGGCCCUGCGUCACUGCCGGCGUGGUGGUGGAGGCGGUGGACCUCUCUCCCGCCACCACAGGGGAGGGGCACCAGGGAGAACACACCACUACAGAGACCACCACUGACACCACCACCACCACUGACGCCACCACCACCACUGACGCCACCACCACCACUGACACCACCACCACCACUGACGCCACCACCACCACUGACGCCACCACCACCACUGACACCACCACCACCACUGACACCACCACCACCACCACCUCUAGUGACGAGGGCGGCACGGAACACCUGGCCGUGGACUCGGUGCUUACCACCACCACCGCCUACCUCUUCCCCGCCGAGGGUGACGGCGCCGUCCACACCCCCUCCACCUCCUCCCCUGCCAGCACCGCGUUGGAGGACGUGCUGUACACCGCCACCCCUGAAGGUGCCACCACCACGGAAGCUCCCGAGAACCCGCCAGAUGCCUCCCCCGCUCAUUCCCCCUGCCGCGCCUGUGCUGGGAGACGCACCACCCCGCCGCCCACCACGCCCCGGGACGACGUGGAAGAGUCUUCCCGCACCCCCUGCCGCUGCUCCUCCCGGCGCCCUUCCACUGAGGAGUCCUUUGAUAACACCACGACCACCACCCUCACCACCGUGCCGCUCAACACCACCACCACCACCACCCUGGUGUCAUUGACCCACCCCCCCACCCCCACGCCCCUGCCCGAGCUGCUCACCACGAAGGAGACCAUCGUGCCCUGCACCACCACGCAGGACACCGCCCACAUCUCCGCCUCCACCAAGGGGUCCCCGGCAGAGCAGCCCAGCGCGCCCAGCCCCAGCAACAACGCCUCGGUGCCCCUGGACCAGCGCUACUGGGUGAGGACGGUGCUGGAGGGGCCGCCGCAGCAGGAAGACCCGCAGCUGUACUGGAGUAGCAUGGAGACAGCCCUCACCACGGUGUUCCAGCUGGCGUACCAGCGCACCGAGGCGCGCCGCCUGGGACAGCAGGGCCUCAAAGCCAUCUUCACUCCCGCCCCCACCUCCAUCCCCACCCCGACCCCCACCGUCAACCCUUACGAGAACUACACCACCAUCAUCGCCAGAGUUCCCCGCAGCGACCUGCCCCCCACGCCCCCCACUGCCCCCCUCCGUCCCCACCACCAGGCCUUGCUCUCUCCGGCAGGCAAGACCCAGGCUACCCCGCCGCGGCCCGCCACGCCCCGCCCCGUGUACCAACGAAGGAAACGACGAGUGGAGGAGAGGGCGCGUCUGAGGGGCAGCAACGCAUCCCCCGCAAGCUCCGAGGCUUCGCGCCUGCUGGAGCGACGGGCAGCGGGGUCCUCGGUGGUGGUGAGGCUGCAGAACGUGACGCACGACAACGCCACGGACACCACGGAGCUGGUGUAUGCAGUGUUCGAGGGCGCCGAGCCCGUGCUGGCGAAGGAGGCGGUGAAGGUGGCACAGGAGGUGGAGGAGAUGGAGGUGGCGGUGAUGCUGGACCAGGUGGUGCUGGUGAAGGCUGAAGAAUACCUUGGCGUGCCCCCUUCACCCUCCGCCAAGUCCCCCCUGGUGUACACGAUCAUCGGGGGCGUGGUGGGGGGCGUGAUGCUGCUGGUCUUCAUCACCUGGCUGGCCGUGCACCUGUACAAGAGACCUGCCCCCUCUUCCUCCUCGCCUCGACACCUGCACCCUGACUCUGAGAGAGGGUCUCCGCGCAGUCUGGCCAGCGGCACGGGCUAUCCUGGCCACCUCAACCUGGGCUACUCCAGCAGCAGGGAGGAGAAGCUGGAGGCCGCCAACCUGUCUCCAAGUGGACGGAACCUUCAGGGCGAGAGUGCCCGGCCCCUCACCUCCACCUCCCCGCGCGGCCAGGUGCCCCGUGCCAGGCAGGGGUCAUUACUGGGGUCCAUUGGAAGCCACACGCAGAUCCCACGACCACAGCUCUACGAUAGCAACAGGAAGGAGAAGGGGUACGACACCACGGAGGAGGACGACGAGGAGGAGGAGGAGGAGGAGGAGGAAGAGGGUGAAGAGGACAUGGAGGUGCCUGACGGAGGUAGAGGCAGUACCAUCCAGAGGAGUAAAAGAAGGCUGUUGGGUGUUGAAGGAUCUAUGGAGGAACCCUUGUACAGUUCUCCCAAGCCCGCCCACGUGCAGUACCCCCACCCAGGCACCCACUCCACCACCAUCUCCACGUCACAGUCCACUUCCCUGCACUCCGAGCCGCAGCAUCACCUGGUGGCCAACAUGCUUCAGAGCGCCGCGGACUUCACCUCCAACAGUACCCGUGGCUCCUCCGUGCUGCCGCCCCCGCUGCUUCCGCCCCCGCAAGGCUUCGAUAAGGACUCCGAGGUGGGCUUCAUCCCCGGCACCUCCCUCCCGAAGUUCCUCCCGCCGCCCCGAGUGCCCAUCAUGUCCCCGGACCGCAACGCCUCCUCCCGCCUUAAUGCCUACGAUUUUGACCCCGAGGCGCCGCCCAUCCCGCCCAGGAACUACACGCGGGAGGAGGCAGGUCUCCCGCCCCUCAUGCAUCCCUCGGCAUCCCCCCGCCCCGCCCAGAGAUGAGGGACGCUCAGGUGGAGGCGCGUGUGGGGGAGGAGGGAGAGAGGACGACGCCACAAUACGUACAGGAAAGCCUCCACCGCCGCCCCUCCGCUGCCUCCUCCCACCUCUCGGACUCCGCGGGGUCAGAGGUGAGUUUCCCCAACGUGGGUCGCCUCCGCCGCCGCUUCCAUGAUCUGCUGGACGACGCCUUCUCUCUGCUCAACGGCCAGCGCCCCGGGGACAAGGUGACGCCCCUUACCACACCCUCGCCGCCUCGCAGGGGACGCGCGAGAUCGGCAGCGUUGUAUUUCAGGUGGUGGGAGUGGUGCCCCUGGAUGACGGCAAGUCCCCGAGGUCAGCGUGGAGUGACGGGCGGUCCGGGGCGGGCAGGGGGAGGCCGGGCAGCAGCGGCAGGCCAGGCAGCGGGAGGAGUGCGAGGAGCAUCAC